UCUGUAGUCUCAAUAUCAAGAGUCACUAUGAUCAGAGUUCUAGUCAUUUUUCAGUCACUCUACUGGAUUCAAGGAGUCUCAGGGGCAAAUGAUGUCUCUCAGCCCAGCACACUCUGGGUUACAAUGGGACAAUCAGCCACAAUAAACUGCACACACACUAAGGGUUUAGAUUACAGUCUGAUGUACUGGUUCCGUCAGCAUUAUGGACAGAGCAUGGAGCUCAUUGUGUACUCUCCAACACACGGCACUCCGGAUUUCGGAAACUUCAGCCAAAGUAAAUUCUCAGUCAUUAAAACCGUCACUGAGAGCGGCUCAUUUACAGUGAACGAUGUGGAUUAUAAUGACAGAGGUGUGUAUUUCUGUGCCGUGAGUCAACACUGUGUUAUAACCAAAAGGCAGAGCUGUUCAGGUGUUUGUUCAGUCAUCCAGAAUACUCAUGAUCUUAUAAAAAAUCAGCAUGAGUUUGCUGAGAUCAAAUGUGCACACAGUGUAAAAGACUAUAAUCGUAUAUUAUGGUACAAACACAGCCAUGGCACAGGAUUCACAUUCUUGGGAUACCUUUUAACUGUUUCUUCAAAGCCAGAGGCAGAAUUUGAAACGAAGAUCAAACUGAGUGGUGAUGGGAGAAACAACGGCACUUUGACCAUUAACAGUGUUUCAGUGAACGACAGUGCUGUGUAUUUCUGUGCAGCUUAUUACACAGUGCUGUAG